UGGGCCUGAGCUGCACUUGAAACGACGCCGCCUUCUCCUGUUGGCCCCGCCUGCCCAGCAACUCUCUUUCCUUCGAGUUUCCACCAUUUUGCAGUCUCACAGUUCAAGGUUCUUGUUGAAUUGAACUUUGUCUCCACCAAAUUCCUUAUUCGAAACACGCAUCAAGCAAGAAAAUUUCUAUUUGUUUUGCACUAUCAUCAUCAUGGCCUCAAACAAUUCUUCUCAGCAGGUCCUCCGCGCUGUCUACGAAUCUCCUCAGCCAUCGACACGCACAUUCGAAUAUAAGCUUUCCUCCCCCAUCGCUUCUUCCAACCCCUCACCGGAAAACACGAAAGUUAAGGUGGCUUAUCUUUCCGAACUCAGGAGUCUGGUACCGAAGUUGCAAGACGAAAUCAAUGUCUUUUUAACGGAGCGAAUGGAAGAAGAUAAGAAGGAAGCGGAAGCGCAAGGACGUCAGUUGUCUGCGAAAGAAGCCAAGGAAGAAGAGAACUACGGCGAGGAGGUGGUCGAGGAGGAUACUUAAGCUUUUCUUGCGUAAAACAGUACUUUGGUCCAUGACAUCGGGAAUGGAUCUCUUCGCCGGAGCCAAUCUUUCAUUCCGCUGCACAACAAGACCGAACGACGACGCCGGCAAUCAAUUCAAAUUCAAUCGACUCCUUGGACAUUCAUGCUAUCCUGGGGUAUCACAUUGCCUGAAGCUCCCGCCAUAUUAUUCACAUUUCCACGCUGCGCAUACAACAUACAAUUGAGACACACCAGAA